CUUUUGUCGCUAUCUUCACUUCAGUCCAAUCAUUUUUCAAUAAACGGGACUGACUAAAUUUGUCGGGUCCAGUCAAAUUACUUUAUCAGUAAGCCCGCUAUAUAAUACCUUAAUCUCCGACAAAACACUUUAGUCGUAAAAGGAUCAAGACAAGACAAAAUGAGUUUGGUAGCUAACACCGGGAAACUAGCGGGACGUACGCUGUUUAUAACGGGUGCUUCCCGUGGUAUUGGCAAGGCCAUCGCCCUCAAGGCAGCUAAGGAUGGUGCUAAUGUGGUGGUCGCGGCGAAAACGGCCGAGCCGCAUCCCAAGCUACCAGGCACUAUUUACACCGCUGCAGAAGAAAUUGAGGCCAUAGGCGGUAAGGCCCUGCCAUGCAUUGUGGACGUCAGGGACGAGAAAGCUGUGCAAAAGGCGAUAGAUGAGGCUGUUAAAAAGUUCAAUGGUAUCGACAUUCUGAUCAACAAUGCAUCUGCCAUCUCGCUCACGGACACACCCAACACAGACAUGAAGAGAUACGACCUCAUGCACUCCAUUAACACCAGGGGCACGUUUUUGGCGUCGAAGCUCUGCUUGCCGCACCUCAAAAACAGUAACCACGCGCACAUCCUCAACCUGUCGCCGCCGCUCAACAUGAACCCCUUCUGGUUCGCAACGCACGUAGCGUACACGAUGGCCAAGUACGGCAUGUCGAUGUGUGUGCUGGGCAUGAGCCACGAGUUCAAGCCGUUCAACAUCGGCGUCAAUGCGCUCUGGCCUAUGACUGGCAUCGCCACGGCCGCCAUCGAGAUGCUGACGGGCGACGUGUCGACGAGCCGCAAGCCUGAAAUCGUUUCCGACGCCGCUUACUUCAUGUUGUGCCAGGAUCCGAAGACCUACACAGGCAACUUUGCCAUCGACGAAGAUGUUGUAAAGAAGGCAGGAGUCACAGAUCUCACCCCGUAUGCUUGCGAUCCUAAGAACGCCAAUAACCUCCUGCUGGACGGGUUCAUAGACUCCCCGCUGGCCAUGAAACAGCACUCGGUCGUGACUGCCUCCGUCAGGCGGUACCAUACCUCCGCCGUGCGAUUUGAGAAGGAGGGCAAGCCCGAAGGCCAGAUCCCCACGUUGUUCGCAGCUAUCGGCAAGAGCCUGUCACCUGACUUGGUCAAAAAGACGCAAGCCGUGUACCAGUUCAAUGUCAAAGGUAAAGAAGAGGGCGUGUGGCACAUCGACCUCAAGAAUGGCGACGGCGCGUGCGGCCAGGGCGAGCCCAAGAGUCCGCCCGACGCCACGCUCACCAUGGACAGCGGGAACUUCUCCGACAUGUUCGCUGGCAAGCUGAAGCCAGCCACCGCGUUCAUGAUGGGCAAGCUUAAAAUCAAGGGAGACCUGCAGAAAGCCAUGAAGCUCGAGAAGAUGAUGAAAUCCCUCCAGAAGAAGUAACUUUGCCAAAGUGUCCCGUUCAAUGUUAGGCUUCCAACAGCCAGGCUGACAAUCAUUGUCGAACAUAUCAAAAUUGUAUAUGUCCUUUAACUAAUUUGGUAAUAGUCGGAAUAAGCUAACACUACAUGCCAUUUGCAAUUACAAAGUGUGCCAAUGUCAUCAUCAUUAAUGUCAAAUUUCUAUGAAAAUAUGACGUUUAUUAUGACAGACCUGACUUUGUUCUAUUCAAGUUUGUGCAAAGUUAGAAUGGUCAUUCUCAAAUUAUAUGACUGUGGUUAGACUCAACGUCAAACUUUUCAUACAUUUAGUAUGGUUUGAUAGAGUUUACACGCAAGCACAAAUCGGAGAAUGACCCAGAACAACUCUAUUCAUAUCAUUUCUUUUCACAAAUACUUAAUUAACAUUAGUUUCCAUUUCGGACUUGAGCAUAAAAAAUACUACAUUGAUUACUUGAUAUUUCACUUCAGUGGAAACUAACCAAGCUCACACGAACAUUAAACUGAAAUUGGAUAUUUAUUAUAAUGACUCCGAGUCCAGUAUAAUUUGCAGCAAAUAUUGCAAAACUCAAAGAAUAGACUGUAUUAUGUAUUACAAAUCAUUGUAUAUUUUUAGAAGAUAUUUUGUCACAUGUAUAUGUUUGAAAAUUAUGUACAUAUAAGUCAUUGGAGUAACUUCUAUAGUGUUGUGCCUUGUCUUUGUACAUAUGUAAGUCACUGCCAAAUGUGGCGAGAAAUGUAUUGGAUUUUUUUAUUAAUAUAAGAUGAAAUAUUAUGAUUAAAAAGGUGCUGUUUA